UGCGGAAGAAGCGACAGUUUAUACUUUUUUUCCUCCAUGCUUGUGAAGUACGAAGAGACGUUAUACGACUUGUGUAAAUGGUCGACUGGGGUUAUUGAUUACAGACCGUCUUCUCAUUGAAAGCUGAUUUACAGCAGAGGAGCCUCGAUGAGGAAACAGCGUAAGAAAUAACCCCAAGUCCCUUGUGGCGACAGCAACAGCUCCUCUCUGCCGGUUAUUGAAGCGCUAGCGAAGCGGAGGGGGAAAGGGCAGUAACGGUUCUCGCCUGAAGCGUGCACAGUGGACACAGUAGGUCUAUGAGCGGGUGAAUCAUGAGAUUGACAGCUCCCCUUAGAGCUGUGGCCGUGCUGCUGUUGGUGGGGCUCACCUGGCUCUUAGUAAACACGUUAUUUGGAGGGGCGAGUGGAUCAUCUGUGCGACAUUUCUUCAGUGGUGCAAGCGAGAAACCAACAGUUGCUGAAACCCGCCCUCGACGGUAUAAAUGUGGACUUUCAGCUCCCUGUCCCGCAAAACAUCUGGCGUUCCGCUUGGUGUCUGGUGCGGCCAACGUCAUCGGGCCCAAGAUCUGCCUGGAGGACAAGAUGUUAAUGAGCAGUGUGAAGAACAAUGUUGGUAGAGGACUCAAUAUAGCUUUGGUGAAUGGGGUGAAUGGAGAGCUCUUGGAUUCAAAGCCCUUUGAUAUGUGGGCAGGAGAUAUUUCUGACCUGUUGAAGUUUCUCCGGCCGCUCCAUGAAGGAACACUCGUGUUUGUGGCUUCCUUUGAUGACGCAGCGACAAAGAUGAACGACGAGUCUCGACGACUGUUUGAUGAUCUUGGGAGCACAGCAGUGAAGGAGCUGGCCUUCAGGGACAGCUGGGUGUUUGUUGGAGCCAAGGGCAUCGAGAACAAGAGUCCCUUUGAGCAGCGUAUGAAGAACAGUAAGAGCAGCAACAAGUAUGAAGGCUGGCCUGAGUCUCUGGAGAUGGAUGGCUGUAUUCCUCUGCGGCCACCCCUGGAAGGAUAGCUCCGCCUGCUACUCGCUCGCACACAGUGCCGUCACACCGGAGGUGGCACCAGUGGCUCCAAAUGAAUGUUGAAAAAGACAGGAAUGGCUGAAUGACACAAAUCUCCCACGAUCUGGGCCACAAACGACAUUUGAUUUCCCCUCGUGGCAGGAGUUAACUACGGAUAUUUUUGGUAAUUAAUGUAUUUAAGAAUGCUGUAACUUGUUAUAAAGGAUCUGUGCAUUAAGCUUUGUGAGCCAUUUUUGAGCAGACAUAAUAUUGUAGAAACAAGCAAAUUGUUUCUGUCAGGUGACGAGAAACUUGAUUGGCCAAAUGUUUGAUGACCAAAGUUGAUCAGUGACUAGUGAAUGAAUGCAGCUGGAGUAGGUCUUCCAAAGCCUUUGUGGGAAAUGGAAAUGCUUCCUCUCUGCACGACUGUCUGUCUGAGGUGUCAAUCUGCAGGCAAAAUGCACACCUGACUGGAAACCUAAUCCAAGUUUUGAGGUACAGUAAUAGUUUAAAUGUUGACCAAGCACCAGGUCUUUGGUAGUUUUUAAUCCGUUGAUAUACUUUCACUGAACUUUGGGUAGUGACCGAAAGAACGAGGUCGCGAAUACAAGCGGCCGAAAUGAGUUUCCUCCGUAGGGUGGCCGGGCUCAGCCUUAGAGAUAGGGUAAGGAGCUCGGACAUCAGGGGGGAGCUUGGAGUCGAGCCGCUACUCCUUCGCAUCGAAAGGAGUCAGCUGAGGUGGUUCGGGCAUCUGAUUCGGACGCCUCCUGGACGCCUCCCGUUAGAGGUUUUCCAGGCACGUCCAACUGAGAGGAGACCCCGGGGAAGACCCAGGACACGCUGGAGAGAUUAUAUCUCCCGGCUGGCCUGGGAACGCCUCGGGAUCCCCCAGAAUGAGCUGGAAAGUGUCGCGGGCGAGAGGGAAGUCUGGGUCGACCUGCUGGGUCUGCUGCCCCCGCGACCCGACCCCGGAAUAAGCGGAUGAGGAUGGAUGGAUGGAUACUUUCACUGUGUGACACAUAUUGUUAUGUCUAGUUUGUUUUAGCUGCCAUUGCUUCCUUAGAACUUGAUGCACUCAGUUAUUGCUUACUCCAUGUUUACAUUUCAUAUUACUCUGAUGAAACUAUUUAUUUGAAUACUUUUAGAAAACACAAGUCAUCGUGUAGGUUCAACAUAACACUGCCCAUGGAUAUAAUGUUGUCUCAGGCCUGCAAGCAAUCUUCCAACCCGAGUGCUUUGUUUAAAGAUUCAACCUGUGUGGGUGGUUGUGUAUGUUGUUUAGUGUAUCUGUCUGAUGACCUCUUGCCCGCCAAACAAUGAAGGAAAUAUAUAUAUACAAAUACAAUAUUUUACUAGAUUGUUAGAUGUUAGUUCUUGUGGCCUUUGUUUUAUGUUGCCUACGUGUAAAGAUUUGUAUACAAGGCCCCACCGUCAGUCUUUAUAAUGUGACAAUAAUUAUGAAUAAAACGCUUCGAAUGUU